ACUCUUAGUGCUUUAGAUCUCUAUGCCACUCUCUAGUAUUUCAGCUGAGCCUUUUCCUGUAGCAAAUACAGUUUGCAACACUGUAAUUUAUCUUGGCUGCCCCACCACCACCACCACUACUACCCCUAAACUCAUUGCAAAGAAGGCUUGGUAUGACUGAGGUGAGGUGCUAAUUUGAAAGAUGGAAGACAAAUACUAGUUUCUGACUUAGAAAAAGAGUGCUGCAGUUAGGAUACCUACUUAAACUGGCAGGUUUUAGAAUUUCUGACGGUAUGGUUGGUUUGUUGCUCUCUAUCCUAGAGACCAUCGGUGCUCCACAGAACAAUGUAACUGUACCACUGCUGAUGCCUCUCAUUACCUUGAUGGAGCGACAAGCUGUCGUUUUUGAAGGGAUGGACCUGUGGGAAAGCACUGACCAAAGCUGUGAAAUAAUGCUCAAGCACUUGGCCACUGCUCGGCAGAUAGCGCAGAAUGCAGAAACGUACAGGGUGACUGCAGAACGGAUACUGGAAGGUUUCCAGCCAGAUGAAGAGAUGAGCGAGAUCUUCAAGACAGAAUUUCAAAUGAGAUUGCUCUGGGGCAGCAAAGGAGCGCAAGUUAAUCAAAAUGAAAGAUAUGAAAAAUUCAGCCAGAUUUUAACUGCACUUUCCCGAAAACUGGAACCUCCUCUAGUGAAGCAGGUGGAACAAUUAAAUAUCUAAGACUCUAAACUAUUUAAAUGCUAAACUUGAAAUAAUCAUAGCUUUCUUUUGGCAAUUUGAUACUGCACAUACCUUUAGCAUUUCACAAGAUGUUUAGAACUUUAACUGCACAAUGCACAUGUGUUUUAAAACUACUGAUUACUAAAAAAAUUAUUUAUUUACUGUGUCACCAAGUCAUUUAAUGAUCCUUUGAACAAUUAAGAUUAUUCCUGUAAGAAAGACAGUCAUAGUUUUCCUUAUUUUCCCCAGACUUGCAAUGUUUUAAUAAUAUCUAGGAGUGUGUGUGGGGGAGGUAUCUUAAUGAUAUUAAAAUGAAGCAAAUAAUUAAUAGUGUAAAUAAAGGUAUAGAUUAAAUAUGUGACAUUUCAGUUGUAUAAUAUUCCUUAAAUGAAUAUAAAACACUGUACAUAGAAUUGUGAAUUAAAACAUAUCUUUAUGCAAAAUA